GGGCAAUAUAUCAAUUCUUUAUCGAUAUAAACGAUAUUUUACGGUAUCGAUCUGCAUCAUUAUCGAAAUUUUUAUGCCAAAAUAAUCGAUCUCUGGACCACGCCCCUUUAUUACAGUUAACUAACCAAUUUUAAAUUAAUAAGCUGUGGUUAAUAUAUAAUUAUUAAUAACUAUUAUAAAUAAUUAUUAGUAUUAAUCCUUGUGUAAACUUAAUAGCAAGCCUAAGCUGUCAAGUACCGUAUAGCUUGCUUUUGCAAGCCAACCUCCAUACUCCUUGCAUGCAACUAACAGCUGCUAGUAUAAAAGAGCUGGCCCAGUGCUUGGUUUAUAACAAACUCAAGCAAUUAAGCAUUUCCAUUUGCCAAGAAACAGAAGUCAUCAUUGUCUGGAAGUCUAAAGACCAUAUUUAGUCCUCUCUUCACUGUUUAAGGCUAUUCUGCUACUUCUUUAUCAUUAUGGCAUCCAGUUCCUCUACCAGCAGUAGUACAGGUCCUGCAGUACUUCCUACCACCAGUAGAAAGAAAAGAAGUUUGGUCUGGAAUUAUUUUACUCCAAGUGCUAAGGAAAAGGAAGCCAUUUGUAACAUAUGUGGAAUAAAGGUUCCUACAUCAGGAAACACCACCAAUCUAACAAAUCAUCUGGAAAGGAACCAUGAUAAAGAACAUAAAGAACUCACUGAAACAAGGGAAUCUGAAAAAUCAGCUAAAAGACAGAAGCAGCAAGAAUCAGCUGCCAAACAACUGACGCUACAAAGUUCAAUAGCAAGAACACAUGGAUAUGGCAAAGAGUCCCUUCGUCGUGCUUCAAUUGAUAGAGCACUAGUCAAUAUGCUAGUAGCCGACUUUCAACCAGCAUCCAUUGUUGAAGAUGAAGGUUUUGUUCAAUUCUUGAAAGUCAUUGAUCAGAGAUAUCAGCCUCCAAGUCGUCGUACUCUCAUGCGUGACCACCUUCCACAGCUAUAUGAGGAAAAGGUAGCAGAGCUGAAGGAGAAACUCAUGUCCAUUGAACAUUGUACUCUGACCACUGACUUGUGGACAUCAAAUCAGACAAUGGGUUACCUCACUGUCACUUGCCACUUCAUUUCACAAAGCUGGGAAAUAGAGUCCUAUGUGCUGGAGACAACUCAUGUGGAUCAAGCACAUACUAUAGAGAAUCUUGCAUCAGAGCUAAUCACUAUCACUGACAAAUGGAAUAUAAGUUUCAAAGUUCAUUGCACUGUCAUUGACAAUGCUACCAACAUCAAGGGAGCUGUGAGAGCAAAUGCAUGGAAUCAUCUCUCAUGCUUCGCUCAUACUCUCAAUUUAAUUGUUAGUAACUCAUUGAGCUCAGUUCCAGAAGCACAAUCACUAAUUCAAAGUGUAAAGAAUAUUGUCACCUUUUUCGUCAUGCAAUCUCGACUUAACAUUCCACAACAUAAACUGAUCCAGGAUGUUGAAACUCGAUGGAAUUCAGUCUUUUAUAUGCUAGAGCGAUACUUGGAGCAGGAGGAGGCUAUAAGGACUACACUUUGUAUGAUGGAUAGAAAUGAUCUUCUCAUUCCCACCGAGAAAAACUCAGAGCUCUCAGAGAUGGUGGAUAUCCUCAGACCUUUUGAAGCUGUAACUCGAGAGAUGUCUGCUGACAAAUAUGUCUCCAGUUCCAAAAUAAUACCUCUAGCGAAAGGUUUACAACGAUGCAGCAGCAAUAGUAACAACAAGAUUAGUGAAGCAUUAUGUUCUCAAAUGUCAGGAAGAUUUCUCAAUAUGGAAGCCAAUGUUCUAAUUGCUUCAGCAACACUGCUUGAUCCACGCUUCAAAAAAAUUGGAUUCUCUGAUCAGAGAGCAGCUGAUCAAAUAGCUCGACAUUUGACAGCUGAGAUAACACAGAUGAUGAGAUCCAGAGAAGCAACUAGUCAAACAACAGCCACAGCUACAACCUAUGAAGUGGCCCAGGACACAGCUGAUUCUGUAUGGAGGUUUUUUGAUGAACAGGUCUCUUCUCAAUCUAACAUACAUCCUGGGGUGACUGCCUUCUCAGAGGUAGAUAAGUAUUUAAAAACUCCAGUAUUACAAAGGACAGAAGACCCACUUAACUGGUGGAAAGAGAACAGUCAAGUUUUUCCUCAGCUAGCUCCGCUAGCAAGAAAGUAUCUCAGUCUAUUGGCAACUUCAGUACCUUCUGAAAGACUGUUUAGCAAGGCGGGUGAACUAGUAUCCCUGAAAAGGAACAGACUCAAGCCAAAGAACGUGAACAUGUUUCUUUUCUUAAAUAAGUAUCAUUAGUUGUAGUAUUGUACAUGAUUGUGUAAACCACACCUAUUGGGUGUGGUAAGGCGUGGUUAUCAUAUCAUUUUGAAUCGAUAUUGCUUUAAAAAUUGGAUUAUCGAUCGUUAUCGAAUAAUAGUAAAA